CAGGUCGUUCGUCAGUCUGAGAGAAGAGGAGCAGCAGGAGGAGACGGACCAGCCUCCUCUCCUCUCUCUCUUUCUCUCUCUCUCUAAUGACGAGCUCUCAUUCCUCCUCCUCUCUCUCUUUCUCCUUUUUCUCUCUCUCCAACUCCUCUGAAACAACUCUCAGCCUCCAGGAUUCUCCUUCGUCGCUUCCCCCUCUUCCUCUUUUCAGUUGCACCUAAUUUUAAAAUUUUUUUUUGACUUUAACUAACCCCCUCCGCACCCCCACCCCACCCCCAACCUCAACACCUCCAGAAAUGUGAGUAGAUAAUGAGGACCCCCUGCCAUCGGUGACUUGUCUCCUUCGUGCUCCAGAACAUCCUCAUCUUCCAACCCCCCCAAUUUUUUAUUUUAUUAUUAUUUUUUCUUCUUCUUCUUCUUCUUGUGGGGACGAUCAUCUGCCUUUCAACAAUGUAGGAAGGAGAAGGUGCGCUGUCAUUUCAGGGAGAGCAUGCCAACUACAUGUCCUGUGUUUCUGCUCUCCGCUUCUCGCAGCCUUGUCAUUCCCGCCCGGAGGAGGUGGGGGGUGGUGGAGGAGGAGGAGGAGAAAAAAAAAAAAAAGAAGAAAGAUAUGCGUGAAGGCAAAGUUUGAGGAUACCUCUCUUCUGGUUUUUUCCCGCUCACCUGUCCGCCUGCACGCGCGUGCCCCUCUCCUUUUUUUUUUUUUUUGUAACUGAAAACGAGGAAGAUUGUGUCGUCAUUAGAACAAUUGACAACUUCAAAGAGACCUGACUAUUGCUGUGGCAUCUUCUUUUGUUUUCUAAAGCGGGAUCUUUUGCGGCGGCAUUGGAGGAAUUUGAUGUGCGCAACGUUGAAGGAUAUGGCUUAAAUGAUGACAGCUGGAGUAAGGUCCGUCACUUGAGUGUUUUUUCUUUCUUUUUUUUUUUUAUUUAUUAUUAUCAGCUAUUGUCGACUUUGGUGGAAACCAGUCUAAAUGGGAGGAUACCUGGAAGACUGAGUCGGAUUCGGCAGUCGUGAAAAAUGUGGAUAAAACGGAGUGUUGCGCGCAGUCCGUCUGCUCCGAGGCCAGGCAGCUGUGUGGGGCACCGGGUGUGGAUCCUGCUGGCCAUGACCCACCUCACCCUGGACUUCUCUGUGUGCAGCCCCCUCGGUCAGGGUCUGGGGAUCAAACUCACGCCCAAAUCGGUGCCUCGCUCCCGGCCUCGCUUGCAGCACCUCUGGGACACGCCCAACAAGCUCCACUGGAGGACGGCGAGCCCGUUGGCGGCUCGUCGGCUCCUCAACCCCGUCCCUCCGCCCCAAGACAACAGGGCAGGGGUAGGGCUGAAGGUCAAGGGUCAAAAACAGCGGAAGCCGGCGCAUAAAGGACAAGCGGCGUGUAAGGAGUGCCGGUUGCGAUACUCCCAGAUGGAGACAGGUGAUCCUUUGGCUGUAAUAGCAGAAGCUCCAGCGGCAUCGUCCAGCGGGAGCAGAGGAGACACGGUGAGGUUGUUACUCAGAGCCAGGAGGCAGCUCAAGUGGGACAGCUACGACAAGUCUCAGGAGGGCCGGACUACCACGGUGGCCGGAUUUAUCGACUGGGGGCCCACGGGGACGGACAGCGUGGACGGCGAUGACAAACCGGAGCCGAAUGUAACGCUGUUCACCAGGGUCUCGACCACCACGGUGGCCACGACCACUAGCACUACAGCCAGGCCCUCCCAAAGGACGUUCACUGUAGUGACCACACCAGAGCCCAAGAGGCCAAGCACCACCAAGGCCCCCAUCAGCUCGGAGACUGUCAAACCACAAAAGCCAUAUGUGGACACACCAGGUUUGGCAGUUCACCAGAUAAUUACAAUCACUGUGUCUCUCAUUAUGGUUAUCGCAGCCUUGAUCACAACACUCGUCCUUAAAAACUGCUGUGCACAGUCGGGAAAUGGUCGCCACAAUAGCCAUCAGCGCAAGAUCCACCAGCAGGAAGAGAGCUGCCAGAACCUGACGGACUUCACCCCGGCCCGGGUGCCCAGCAAGGUGGACAUAUUCACUGCCUACAACGACAGCCUGCAGUGCUCGCACGAGUGCGUUCGGACGGCUGUGCCCAUCUACACCGAUGAGAUGAUUCAGCAGACGCCCGUCUACAAGACGGCUUACAACGGGAACAGGCCCUCCCCCACCGAAAGACAACUCAUUCCUGUGGCCUUCGUGUCAGAGAAAUGGUUCGAGAUCUCCUGUUGACGAGCUGAAGGCCUUGUUCACUUCCUGUGGGUGGAGGAGACUCCCUGAAAUCACGCUCUGGAUCCAGUCGGAAACAAGAAACACACAAAACAGCUUCUUUUGUAAAGUGGUGUGAUCACUCUUUGGACACUGGUGAAGAUUAUUUAUUUUUCUAGAGAUGACGAGCAGAGCGGCCGUGGCGCUGCCAACAAACGCAUUUCCAGGAAACGUACGGUCAUUUAGAUAUAGAUUAUAUAUAGGUAUAUUUACAGGACGUGUGGGACGAGACUGUGGUCGUCGCAGAUGUCUCAAGGAAAAAAAAAAAAAUUUGACAUGUGAAAGAGGAACCCGAGGAGCUGCUGCGGGUGGAAGAUGAACUGUAUUUAUGAACAAUGUGCCAAUAAUGCCACUAUGUGCCACAACCUGGAUAGAAGGACAUUUCAACAACAACUGAUGGACUAAACAAAGAGCGCUAUAUUAACCCUGUAUUGACUCCAACUGCAUUCUUUAUUUUAUUUUAUUUUUUGUUUUAUUUUUUUUUUUUUUUUUUUUAAAGAAAUGUGAAAGUUAAAAAAUGCUACAGAUGUAUUUGAAUUUGUUUUGAAAUAGUUUUAAGAAAUGUGUUGCAAAAGAGUCUUAAAGAUAUUUAUAUGAAGCACUAUCGUAUCAGUGGGAGAGGAGAGAGGAUGAGGGCAGAACUCAAACAGAACCGGUACAUGCUUUAUUGAACAGUUGAUUUUAAAACAUCGUUUCUACAGGUCCCAUUUUAACGACAGAAUAGUUAUGUCUAUUUUUUUAAACACAGUAGAUUCUGCCACAGCCCGGAACAGUAGAGGUGGGAUUCACCGCUGUUAAUUAAACACUCCACACCUGAGCUGAGACGAUCACAGAGAAAAGAGAAAUCUGAAUACACCUGGUGCAAGACAAACCAACGCCUGCUCCAAAUGCUGAUUGUAUGAGAUUCUAAAAAUGAUUUGGGUUUUAACAGGAAAUUACUCAUCACUCCACUGAAUCCCACGGCGGCAAACUCACGUACAGGUGGAGAGAGGACGGCGCCGACAGGCUGCGAGGAGCUGGACAGGACACUCACACUGCCUCAGGUCUGUCAAGCUCUUUUGCGCACUAUGUGUUGGUCUCGGUCUCAGCAGCUGCUCGGGAUCAAUUCUAAUGACUGGUCACGGAUUCACGUCCGAGCUGCAACACCGACAGAUUAAAAAUUGGAGCUUUCACAUUGAAAUAAUUCACGGGAUGAUUUGCAUAGAUAGGAAAGAGAUUGUACAAAUGAAUCCCCGCACACGUCUCGCAAGAUCGGCUCACUCUUCACUAAUUAUUUUUGAAACCUAAAAGUCUGAAUUCAGAGUCAGGAAGUCAAGAAGAGCGAGAGCGUGGAGGUUUUUCAGGCCGAUACUGAAGAGGAUGGAGCUGUGACGCCAUCAGCAUCGUGUGUUUUUAAAUGCAGGACGUAAGCGGGGAGGAAUUCCCCCUCACUGAAUGUGUGAUAAGGGGUUAGUUGACUCUCUCCAGAGCCACAUCCACUCAAUACUCGGAGCGUCACGGCAUUUCAGCGAGUGUUGUUGGAGGGGUGGGUGGGAGAGGGGUAAAGGAAGCCGAGCGAAAAGACGAAACGUACCUGUGAGAAACUUUAAUUUCGUUCUUUCAAAUAGCGAAAAACACUCCGUCAGUGUAUUGUUGAAGUAAGGGGAUUAUGAUAAGCCAGUCAGCCGCUGCCAAAUUGGUUUAAACUAUCUCUUAAGUCAAGGUGAGGGACCUCCGUGGUCAGGGAGGAAGGUAAAGCUCUCCCGAGAGCUUUCUUGCACCAAUAACUUUAUUAUCAACCUCAAGCUCUGAGACACAGAUUACCUUUGUGCUACGAAGCUUUUGAGGAAGCCGCCUCUGAAUCUACCUUUUAUUGUGCUAUGGGUUUGUACAAAAGCACAAAAUACAAUUCUGUAAUUGUAAAUGUUUCUGGCUGCAGACAGCAAUAUGUACAGAUUAAAAAAGGUGGAGUUUUAUUGCGUGUCGACAGCGGAGCUCCGGCGAUUCACUUAAGUGGGGGUUAUUUUGUUUUAAAAGGCUCGUACUCGCUUCCUUAAGAGGACGGAAGGAAACAGGUUGUCCCGCUGAGACCCGCAUCUAUAAAUGUGAGCCAUUCAGGAGGCGCCAAGACGGCCCAGGAUAAAACACUGUGGUGCAAAGAAAACAAAAAAACAACAAAAAAAAACUGCUUUUUGCCCAUUCACAACAUGAAAACCAACUCUCAUGAAUGACCCAUACCAGUCCAGCCUCUCGUGCGUGUCAGGCUGCGGAGUUACUUCUUUGACAUAACAUAUAUUUUUUUGAAUGAAGAGUGUUAUCUUACUAGUCAGAGGGUUACAAAAACUUACUGUAUAUUAUACACGUGUAAAUGUAUUUUCUAUAUAUUUGCUUCUAUUUGUGUACAGGUGUGUUCUAUUUUUCAAGACCUUUUCCCAUUUUUGGGGAGGUUUCAGCUAGGUCGGGGAUAGUGUCUUUGUUUACAUGUGUAACUACGGUAUUUCUUUCAAAAACACAAAACUAACCUUGUGCCAAGCUUCCUACCUGCACUUUCAAGCAGUACUUGUAUUAUAUCUUUAGCUAACCAGUAUAAUACUUCAGUAGACGCUGCAAUAGUUCAGAUUUCCAGGCGGUAUUGUCUGAAGGAAACAGAUGCUGAGCGGGUCGACGAGGAGCCGCGAUCACAUGUUGGGCUCUGCUGUAUGUUCAUUGGUUGGCUGGGAAACCAACGACCUGCGGUUCUUUAAACAUCAUUUCCACACGAACUCUAAAAAUCUACAGCGUUCCAUCAUCAACAGUAGCUGCCAAGAAACCAACUAAACUUGAUCUAAACACUGGGUUGCAUUCAUCUUUCAUGUCUCUCAUUUGUGCUACAACUGCCCCGGAACAUGUUGGAGGAUUUUUAUGUUUUAUUUAUUUUCACUUUCACUGUUAACGACUGCGAGAAACAGAUAUUAGCAUUUAUGAGCGUCAUGAAAUAAUGAGGAGAAGACGUCUAAAGACAAGAGUGUGAAAGGGAAGAUGGGAUGUGAAGCUGAUUUUUUUUUUUUUUAAAUGCCAAGAUGUGAGAAGCCACUCGCUGUUUUCACUGAUCAAAGUUUUUAAGGGGUAAUUCAGGUUUAUUUCGACUGUAGCCGCGUUAGCAGCAGUUAAGCUGAAGUAUCUGAAUAAUUAUUACAUGAGCUAAACCUCAUGUCUUUUAUCGCUGGACACAUUUAUUCACGUGUCGCAUCAAAAACACUCAAACUGAUCUGCAAACCAAAAGCGGAUCAAUACGAUCAUUGGACAAGUCAUCACCUGAAGGCACAGACAUGAAAACACAGCUGCGGAUAAACCUCCAUGAACCUGCUGAGUAAACCAGAGAAGAAGAAGAAGAAGACGCGCCUCAGUCAGGGAUCAGUGGUAGCGUCACUGCAUCAUUCACUACACUUUAUAUUUCCAAAAUGUAAACGAACAUGGGCUGGACUCGCCGUAUUCAUGACAACAUAUUUUGUCUGCUGGAAAAGUUUCUGCUAUCAGGAGAGUUGCUGUCACUGCACGUCGCCUGCAGCUGAUCUGAUGUAAACAAACUCAUUUGAAACCAAGAUGGCGAACACGGGAAACAAUCCGCGUGUUUACCACCGUGAGCGUGUGCAGUACACUCCUCAGCGAGGUCCAGACGUACGAUCAAUCAAUACUGAAUAGUAUUAAAAACAGCUAAACCUGAAUUAUCCUCGAAGCUUUCACAGUGGAGACCGUGUGAGUUUCCCUCCGUCACCCUGAAGCUUCAGGAACCUGAGGCCGCUGUCCGUCUGUGACGACGCCGGGUCUUUGAGCUUCUGUACAGCGUUUCAUCAAAAGGUUCUUGUGUUUCUGCACAGAUAACACUGAACCUGAUCGUUGUAAAAUAUCAGUGUGAGCCCCAUUGAAAACCCUUCUCUUUUUCUUCUUUACCUGAUAAAUGAUUACGUGAGACUGAUUUCUGAUUCUUUAAAAACCUACAGCAUCAAUGUCAACGAAGGGAAACGGUGACAUUUUGAAUUUCGCUCUGUGUUUCCUGCUGUAAAGGGGGAAAAAAAGGCUUCAGGGCUUUUACUUCAGUUAGCCUUGAAGAGCUUGUUUGCAUUGUUAGCGGCACUCAAUAAAAACCACAGGGCGCUGCUCACUAAAAGCGAUGCACUCCUGAAGGAUGUUUAGACAAGGAAAAACGUAACCUGCAGCCAUGAUAUAUAUUAGGAAACAUUGGCGUAGAUCAGCCUUCUUUCUUUUACCUCCGUCUGAAAUCAAACUGAUGUGUAAGGAAAUGCCUUUACUGCUUUCUUGCCUUUUCAGUUUAUAUUUCAGGAUAGCUGAGUGUUAUAGCUAAGAGGGAGGAAAAUGAUUCCACUCUGCUGGUCACAUUCGAUUCAGGAGACAUUACACAGGAAAAGGCAAGGGGGGAUAUUUGGGGUGUGUUGGUGGUGGUAGGAGCAGAGGUAGGGUGGGGGUGGGGGGGGCUUGCACCAAAGACUUGACAUGCCUUUUUCACAACAAAAUGAAUAUUUUGCGGUUCCCCGUUUAUCCCUCUUCAGCAACCCGCAAAAAACCUACGCUCCCUUCAGCACAAACAAGCUAUCAAUCAGCGAAGGCUCUUCCUGUCACGACGAAGGAUGCGCCGCGCGCUCGUUCGCAGGGACUGAGAUUCCUGUUUGCAUGUCAGACAUACAGAGUGGAACUUAUUGACAUAUGUGUUGUUUGAAUUAGAUGCUGGCUGAACAUCCCUCCAAGGCCAAGGUUUGUUUUCUUUUCUUUUUCCAAAUCAUCGGAAGCAUUUACGUGACGGGGGGAGGAGGGGUCAAUGUGUCGACUGUGUGUAAUCAUGGCCUUAGGGUGUUUGUAGCCUAGAAACAUGUUUCACAGCUGGCAUUGAUGCUAACGUGGUCGUGAUAUUAAUUUGAAAGAAAAAAAAAGAAGAAGAAGACUACAGCAGGUUGCUCAAACAGCAGAGUGAGACUCAGCAGGAAGAGGAAAAUAUUUGAUUUGCUAAUGAAAAGUUAAACUCAGAGGAAAGGACAAGGUUUAUCUUCACAGACGGAUAUGUAUCUAACUGAAUCCAUUUUUUUUUUUUUUUUUUAAGCCAUCAGAAAACUGUAGCUCCUCGCUCUGCUUCUCCUCAUCGUUCCAGAAAAAUCACGUACUGUGCGCUUACUGUAUCUAAAGCGGAGGGCUCCGACUCUCCUCUCGGGUCAUGUUUUUACUUUUCUAUUCACAAGAGCUAAGGCACUGUCAGUGCUUAUCAAUACAGUCAAAGACUUGAAAAAAAAAAAAAAACAAGAAGAAGAAGAAGAAGAAAAACGACACUUGCAACAUCUCAAAUCUCCCAUAAUCCCUCUGCUAGAUGGAGACUAGCUGUGUGACCCAAAUCUGCCGUAGCGGCAUUUGAUUUGCACAGAGGACCUCGGACUCUGUGCGACGCCUUCAGAACCCAGCGUAGGGCCCGACGUGAGUGACACUGCGAGGAAAUCUGGGAAGACGGGGAAACAUCGAUCCACAGCCGGUCGCUCCCGAAAAUCAUAAAAAUUAAUCAAAAAGGAGGUGAAAAAAAAUUAAAAACACGACAACAACUAAAAAAAGGAAAUAUCAUGCAUACACUGUCAGUUUUAAGGGGUGAGGAAGUAGUAUAGGAUUUGUUUUUGUUUUCUGGGAGGGAGGGGUGGGGCUUUUCACAUGGGGACACAGUGGUUUGUUCAUUGACGCCGACUUACAAUCACAAUUCAUAUCUACCAUGAAAGAACCUGACUCGAGUUGUGUUGUCGCCAUAACAAUGAAGAGUUUGUACUUUGUGACUCUUAAACUUUUUAUAUUUGUGUUUAAUAUAUCAAUGAGUACCUCUGUUAACUUUUGUAUAAGACCUAUGACUAUAGUAUAUACAAACACACACACACACACACAUGCACACACACACGCACACACCUCCACAAAAGGGACUCCAGUCUGUCUCUGUGACGGCUAAAUGUUGUAUAACUUUUAUUUUGUGUCUUAUGAACCACAUCUCUUCCUUUUGUAGUUAUUGGUAAACGUUUCGAUUUCCAGGUGACUUUGAUUUGGUUACUCUUGUACUACUAAGCUCUGUAUUUGCAAGCACUGUAAAUGCGAUUCUCAUUGGAUUCGUCCUCUGUACAUUUAGUACUCUGAUGUUGCUAUUAAUAAAAUGUAAAACAACAUGGGCUUGUGCUAUAGGGAGUUUGUUGGAGCGAGUCCGGGGGAGGGCGAGUGAUCAGGGCAAACAGCACAAAAUAAAAGAUUUGAAUAUGAA